CCGCCGCUAGGAGCGGGUGGGGUGGCUGGGGCGCCGCGGAGCAGCCCGCGCCUCGUUGGGUCUGGAAGGGUUGGGCUCCGCGCGGAGUCUGGUCUGCGCGAGUCAAGGCCCUGCGCGCUUGGCCCCUUCGCAGAGGGGUGGGGGGCGCAGAGCCGGCAACAGCGGGAGCUGCUGGGGAGCGCGCCCGGGGGACCCGAGCACGCAGUGGGGUCUCACCCUGCAACCUCCGGCUCCCGCCUUUCGACCGCGCAGCCACUGGGGAAUCCUGGCCUCUCCGGUCCACGAUCGCGCGGUCCCCUCCUCGCGUUCUGAGCCCUCCUUCCCCGACGGUGAACCCAACCAACAGGAAAGGCCGAGAAAUGCGCCGGCCAGGGGCCAUCCGCUCUCCCAGCGUCCCCGAGGCCUCGCUCUCCAGCCGCACCGCGUGACUUUGUCGCCCCCUGUGGCCGCCAGGCCUGCGCCUCUUUCCUCCCUGGAGCGCCUCGACUCAGCUUGAAGCCCCAGGCCCCACAGAGCUGGCCAGCCUCCGCCCGCGUCCGCGCAGCCAUGGAGGCUCUGGGUCCUGGAGGCGACUGCGCCUCGCCGGCCUCGUCCACUCGCAGCCUGGACCUGCGGCGGCUGUCCGCGCGCGCCGACUCAGCCUACAGCUCUUUCUCCGCCGCCUCCGGCGGUCCUGAGCCGCGCACACCGUCGCCGGGGACCCACCAACUUCCCUACCUGGACUGGGACUACGUGCGCGUGGUGUGGGGCGGCCCGGCCCCCACCGCCGGGCUUCGUGCCUCCCCGCAGCCCCGGCCCGCGGCCGCCGCACGCAGUGGGCUUCGUCCCCCCGAGAUCCGGGGGACCCCGGGGCCGCUCAGCCGCCAGACCACCCCGCUGCUGUACGCGCUGGCGGCCGAGGCGGAGGCCGCGGCGCGGGCAGCCGAGCCGCCCAGUCCGCCUGCGUCAAGGGCCGCCUACCGCCAGCGGCUGCAGGGCGCGCAGCGGCGAGUGCUCCGGGAGACGUCCUUCCAGCGCAAGGAGCUCCGCAUGAGCCUGCCCGCCCGCCUGCGGCCCGCGGCCCCCGCGCGGCCCUCCGCCGCGCACCCUCGCUCUGCCUUGCUCAGCCACCCCGGCGGGGAAGCGGAGCCGGCGCGCCCCGGGGCUCCCGCGCCGGGAACCGCCGGCAGGGGACGCCUCGCCAACCAGCAGCGGAAGUGGUGCUUCUCAGAGCCGGGAAAGCUGGAUCGCGUGGGUCGGGGCGGUGGGUUGGCGGGGGAAUGCUCGGGGGAGGCCUGCUCCAGCUCUGGCCUCGCCAGGCCGGAGCCCCGGGAAUGGCAGCAGCGGACGCUGGCAGAGUUCGAAGGUCACCAGAUCAGAUGGCUGCCUGCGACCCAGCCCCGAAGCAUAGAGGACCCGAAACCCCGGUCCUUGAGGCUCAGCAAUGCCUAUAGGCCUGCCGGUCGGAGUCGGAGCGCUUCGGGGGAAGUCUUGUCCCCCUGGGGAAGUCCAGGAGGGGUCAUGCCCAUUGCCCAGGCUGUUCCCCAAGGAGCAGAAACCCCCAGACCAUUGUUUCAGACCAAACUUUCCAGAACCAGAAUCUUCCUGCCUGGUCCCUGUGGUCAGUGUAGGGUCCCUGCUUCCAGGUUCCUGACUCAGAAGGAAGUUGCAGUGGUGUGUUCUGCAGAGGGCCCCCAGAGCAGUCCCUCUGACUGGGAGCAGAGGGCCUCAGAGAACUGCAUUGUGUCUGCCCGGCUCCCAUCCCUUCCUGAUGAUGAAGUUUUCCUGGAAGAAGCCCCGCUGGUCAGAAUGAGAUCACCUGCAGACUCCCAUGCUCCUCUGGGGCUCCCAAACAGUGUCCAUGCCUCUGACCAGCAAUAUGGAGCUGGCUUGGGUCAGAGGGCUGACCAGGCUAUAAUCCCCUCAGAGCAGCCCCUCCAUGAGCACCCAGAGACUGCAAGGGCGGAUGAUUGUUGGCAGGGGGUAAACGGUUCUGUGAGUGUCUCCAGGCCUACAUGCUGUAGUCCCCCUGGGACUGCAAAUGGUGACAUUGCAACCUUUGACCCCACUGGACUGCUGAUCACUGAUCCCCCCACAGCUGCAGAGACUGACCCCCUCAAACCUCUCCCAAGUGAUGCCCUGAGACCUCCAGGCAAUGAUACCCUGGGGCCUUCUGACCACACUGCCCUGGCUUGGGGCACUGGCCAGACUGGUUCAAGGUCAACAUGGCCCAGUCCACGCCUCGAGGAGCUGGUUCAGGAGCUGGCCAGAUUGGAUCCCUCUCUGAGUGACACUCUCACCUCCUAUCCCAGCCCAGAGCCAUCCCUGGGCCUGCUGGAUGGGCUGAUUCCUUUAGCCGAGGUCUGGGCUGCAAUGAGGCCAGUCUGUGGAGAGGCUGGAGAGGAAGCAGCUGGUACUUCUGCGUCAGGCUCUUACCUACUUAACUCCACCCAGCACCUGCCAGCUUCUCAGGAGGAGACAAGGCCUGAAAACCUUACCACCCACGCUGUGCCUGACAAGCCAUGCGGCCCGGGUCUCCCCGAGCCAAAUAACAGCAUCCAAGCCAAGAAAGUGGAGCUGGCGGACCUCCUCCAAAAGACGCUAAGGGAGCUUCAGGCCGAGCAGGAGCAGCUGCAGGGAGUGGCCCAGGCUUGGGCCAGGCGCGGGGCUGCCCUGGAGGCCGCUGUCGGCCAGGCCUGUGCACCCCACGAGCUCGAGCGGUUCAGCCGGUUCAUGGCCGACCUAGAGCGCGUGCUUGGCCUCCUGCUGCUGCUGGGCAGUCGCCUGGACCGCGUGCACCGCGCCCUGGCCCGGGCGGGCGCAGACGGCGACCCUGACGAGCAGGCCUCUCUGCUGCAGCGACUGGGGCUCCUGCAGCGGCAGCAGGAAGACGCCAAGGAGUUGAAGCAGCAUGUGGCACGGCGCGAGCGGGCCCUGCGCGAGGUGCUGGCGCGCGCACUUCCCGCCGACGAGCUGUGGGCCUAUCGCUCCCUGUUGGUCGGCAAGGCCGCUGUCCUGGCCCAGCAGCGCAGCCUGGACGAGCGGGUCCGCCUCCUUCAGGACCAACUGGACACAGUCAGGACCGACCUUGGCCGUCGUCCUGCGACUCCCAGGCCGGCCUGGCCCCCAGGCACCCGUCCUCCGGAUAAACCGCCCUUCCCCCCUCCCCUCAUCUAGUUACAGGGGUGUGGGGGUGAGGAGCACUGCCCCUGCCUCUCACCCACGUGAUUGGGAUGACGCUGGUUUAUUCGGUGCUUUUCCCUUGGGGUGGGGAAGACCCAGGCCCGGCCUUCCUGGGGUACUUUUUCCAAGUGUUCUCAUGUGGCCUUACCCAAGUCUUGCGGAUUAUUUGGUAAUUAACUUAUGAAUUUUAAAGUCUGCAGUAUUCCCCCUUUUCGGUCAGGGUUGGUUGGAGGGAGAGGAGACAAGUCAGAGGAGCACUUCAACUUAAGAUGCAAAAUGGCCAUUUUUUUCCCUCAAUAAAAAAUUGAUGUGAGAAGUGUGCGUAUCACCUGGAGCCUGGCUUGGAGGAGGGAUCUUGUUUGCAAACUACAGACACCUGCCAGACUAGAGCAGAAAAGAGAUUUGUUGGAGGACAUCACUCGGGCCUGGGGAUCCCUAGAAAGACUGAGGAAACAGGCUUGAAAACUGGAGGGGCCAAGCAGAUGCUGUCACCAGUAGUCCCUAACUAUUCUGGUGACUGCAUUAUUACCACGGAGGCCUAGGCCUGAUUGGCUGAGGCCAGGUCUCUUUUGCUGGAUUUUACCCAAGCCCCCGACAUGAGUAGUAUAGUGGAAGUGGGGGACUGCCUCCCUUCAAGACUCAAGGGAUAGGGAACUUCCCCAAAUGGAAAAUGGAUUCAGAUGCUUUGCUGCCUUAAAACCCUGAUGAAUGUCGAGUACACUUAGACAUUUGGGGACAUUCAUUCCAAGACCCAGAAAGAACUUUCUUCCUCUUCCAAUUAUGUUGGAUAAUUGGAUAAACUGAAUUUAUCCGCCUUUCCUUUGGAGUCCCCACUAGGUCACCCAGGCUUAAGGAGGGCAGUUGGGGGGAUGGGAGCUGAAGGUGAGUCAUGGGGGACCUGGAGACCUAUUAUUGUGGGGGUGGUGCUGAGGAGCUGCAGAGGCAGCUUUUCUUAUGUUCUGGAGAUGCCAGUUUGGGUAUGGGCUAAGGUUGGGAGUUAAGGGCUAGAGUGGUAUGAAACAGGGCACACAUUCCCCUCUGUGUGUCAGUCCUGUGUACAUAGAAUCAAUGUUCAGUUCUCAAAUAUACAUUGAAAAUCUGCCUUAAUAUUUGUAGCUGCUAAGGCCAGGGACAAGAACGUUGUUCAUGUAAAUGUUCAGUGUAUUUUUGGAAGCUGGGCACAUUAAUAGGCAUGUGUAUGUGUAUCUAAAGCCAACAGACCUCAAAGUGAGAAAUCUCUGCUUCUGGGCUCGUUUUCUGAUGCAUAUUGUCACUAAGUGCAACUGGUUGGGAAUUUUAAAUGGUCGUAUUCAUACCAAAAGCAUUAGUUAUAACAGUCGCGCUACUGAGCACAGAACAAUGCUCACAUUGUGCCUUUUUAUAAAAAACAUAUGGGGCUCCUGCUGAUUCUAACAUUAUGUUUUGCUUUUCUCCUUUGAACGCUGUGGGCGGGGCCUCCGCUCUAAGAUCCUCUGCCUAGCAGGGCAGCUCUCUUCCAGACGCGUUCUGGAUGGAAUCUACUUAUUUCUGGCUUUUGCCCUGUACAGUCCCCACUGCAUUCUCCCAUUGUGAUAUACUUAGAAACACACUUAACGUCGUCCAUUAGGCCAGUGGAAAUUGUGUAUAUCAGACAAAACACUCCCAGCCCGGGAUAGGUAUGAGAAGCAGCGUCUGCCAUUGUCUGGUUAAACUGCACUUUGGUUCUUUGCUGGUUUUUGCCAUGGGGAAAUAUGAGGCUUCUGUGCUUGUCUCUACCAGAUCGAGAGAGCCCACAAAAGUAGGGCCACAACUCCUGCGCCUGUCCUUCCGUUUUGCCUCCGUCUCCUUCCUGCCCCAGUUUAUCUCCCUCCCACACCCCGUUAUUCCUUCAGAGGGCAAGAAUGAGCUCAGCAUAGGUGUUCUAUAUUGGCAGCACAGACUAAGACUAGGGGUGGGGUGGGGGCCCGUACCAGAAGUCCGGUGAAUUCCAUCCUCCUGGACACUGCCAGCAGAGGGCACUGUUUUCCUCAUGAUGAAAGCUGCUAGCCACGCUUUACCACCCGCCGCCUCCCCAGCUACCAGGCCCUCUGGGCUAGCCACAGGGACGUUGCCUUGUCCUGAGCAGUGUCCCUGUUGGACCUGAAGGCUGGGGCUAAGCAUUUGUG